AAGAAAUGCACCUGGCAACGUGAAGCCAGCAGCGUUUCCUGUUCCCUGUUAGUUCCUCUGGACCAGACUCGCCAUUUUGAUACAGUCGAGUGGGGCUGAGACGACCCCGUUAAAGUUGCAGCUUGACCAGCGACGUAAACAUCAACAAUCUGAGAAGCUUUAGGUCGAAAACUGAGCAGAUAAUAAUGAGUGGCUGUCGUGUCUUCAUUGGCCGCUUGAGCCCACACGCCAGAGAGAGAGAUGUGGAGAAGUUUUUCAAGGGAUACGGACGGAUCCGGGAAAUCAACUUGAAGAAUGGUUUCGGCUUUGUGGAAUUUGAUGACCACAGAGAUGCAGAUGAUGCUGUCUACGAGUUGAACGGCAAAGAAUUGUGCAGUGAAAGGGUCACCAUCGAGCAUGCUCGCUCCAGAAGAGGAAGAGGCGGUGGCGGCGGCGGCCCUGGAAUGGGACGUUUCAGCAGCUAUCGUCCAUCUCGCAGCAGUGGAUCAAGAUACGGCCCUCCUGUGCGGACUGACCACAGACUCAUUGUGGAGAACCUCUCUUCACGGAUUAGCUGGCAGGACCUGAAAGACCUCAUGAGAAAAGCAGGUGAAGUUACCUUUGUGGACGCCCACAGACCCAACAAAAAUGAAGGGGUGGUUGAGUUUGCAUCUCGCAGUGAUAUGAAGAACGCCAUCGCCAAGCUUGAUGGGACAGAAUUGAACGGACGCAAGCUGAAGAUCUUUGAGGACAGCAGAAGUCACAGCAAGAGCCGCUCCCGCUCCCGCAGCUACUCCCGCUCCAAGAGUCGCUCCAGGAGCCGCAACCGCUCCAGGAGCCGCUCCAGGUCCAUCAGCCGCACUCCAGAGAAGAAGACCUCGGGAGGGGGCAAGGCCGCAGGGAGAUCCCCCUCCCGCUCCAAGUCCCGCUCCAAGUCACGCUCCAAGUCCCGCUCCAGGUCCCGCUCCAGGUCUCGCUCACACUCACCCGCUCCCGCUCAGAACAAACAGUCACGCUCUCGCUCCCGUUCUCGCUCCCGUUCCCGAUCCCGUUCGCGUUCCCGCUCCGCCUCAGCAGACAGCAAACACUGAGAUGGGUUCACUUGUAGGCCGUAUCAUAGACUGAUAGUUGCGCACCAUAGACCUGUGUGGUGGCAGAUGAUUUUUUUGUUUUUUGUUUUUUAAAUAAAGGGGAGAAAAUUGCCUUUUUCAUGGCGUCUUUCAGUCAUUAAUGUGCCCACAUUGGCUUUGAUUAUUUUUUUUUUGGUCUUAUUUUAUUUUCCGUUGGGGGUUUUUUUGUAAUUCUUAGUUUGGAUGUGCUUCCAAGGGGAAGAGAAAAGAUCUUUGUUUUCCUGUUUCUUCAUGAUUUAUACAUUUCUCUCUUUUUAAAAAAAAGCCCUUUCAUAUUGUGUGAGUGACAGGAAACCUUUUGAUCAGGUGAUCUCCUGGAGUCUGUCCAAGCUGUCUGCCAUGUUACGAUUCCAUCCACUCCUCUGUGCUUUGCCCAAGUGUUCGGAGCAGUUCAAGGUUCGGUGGGAAAUGUCGAAUGUUUUUUCUUUUUUCUUUUUUUUUUUUCGUCUGUCAUGCGAGCUCCUGGCAUUGCCGUGAAACUGUGAUUCUGCUUCUGACGAGAUGCCGUAACAGGCGUCUCUAAACAUGUUGCAUUCACUGCCCUGAUAUGUGAACAUAGAAAUGCAAACAUCUUAGUUGGUGAUUUAUUUCAGCUUUCUAGUGUAAUGUAUUGGAUUCUGGCAUUAGAUUUGAUCUGGCUUUUUUUUUUUUUCUCUGUCAAACACUGCUGUAUCGGGACCUUGUCUUGUAUUGGUAAUUUUUUUUUUUUUUCUGCUUUUAUUAACUUUAAAUCCAGCCUUGGCCUGUAGGAUGUUGUGAGUCUGAACACAGAAGUGUCUAUUUCAGCAGGAAGAAAUGUUUCUAAAUCAGUUUAUUGAUUUGAUACUAAUAAAACACUCACUGCAAACUGUCAUGUCUUUUUUUUUUUUUUUUUUAGUGAUGUCCGGAAAGAAUUGUGACUUCUGUUUUAUAAAAUAAUAUUUUGUGAAUGUGAGUUGAGAGACUCACAUACACAUACGAUAAAGUCUCUGUGGUAUAAUUGAAUAAAGCUUUCACAAACA